ACAAAGUUAUGCUACCUUAACCUUUCCUUUUGGCCGAGACUCGAAUAUCGGUUUGCUCCUUGGCAUGAGAAUUUCCUGAUAGAUUUAAAUUAAUGCAAAUGAAACACACUUCCUAUAACAUAUGAUGUCAGAUACUCCUAAAACGGAACGAAAGUAAAAGACACAUCAUCCUGCACAAUGUCGAGGCGUUCAGCUUCAGUGCCCCUUCUCCUCCUCCUCCUCCUCCUCCUCUUUUCUUUCAGUCUCUGCAGUUCGAAUUCAUUGUAUGAUAGCUUCCUCCAAUGCCUCACGAGCCAAAGGCAGUCGUUCGACCAAGCCUCGAAGAUAGUCUACCAAGAGAGCAACUCGUCGUUCGCCUCGGUCCUCAACUCAUACGUCCGUAAUCGCCGUUUCAACACCUCCUCCACCCCGAAGCCGCUAAUUAUCGUGACUCCGCUCCUCGAAUCUGAUGCCUCAGGGGCAGUAUUGUGUGCUCAAAUCCUCAAGCUUCAUAUCAAGAUAAGGAGCGGGGGCCAUGAUUUUGAGGGGAUAUCUUACGUUUCGGACGACCCGUUUAUUAUCCUUGACAUGUUCAAUUUGAGAAUGAUCCAUGUGAACAUCCAGGACGAGUCCGCAUGGGUACAGGCGGGGGCCACCCUUGGGGAACUCUACUAUCGGAUAUGGGAGAGCAGCAAGGUCUAUGGGUUCCCUGCGGGAAUUUGUGCGACUGUUGGGGUCGGUGGGCACUUGAGCUGUGGAGGGUACGGUAACAUGUUGCGCAAGUAUGGGCUUUCGGUGGAUAACAUUCUCGAUGCAAGGAUCGUGGAUGUGAAUGGUAAGAUCCUUGACCGUGACUCGAUGGGGGAGGACCUAUUUUGGGCCAUUAGGGGCGGGGGUGGGGCAAGCUUUGGUGUCGUGUUGGCCUACAAGGUGAGGCUCGUCCCAGUGCCUGAGACUGUCACCGUUUUUCAUGUCGAGAAAACCAUAGAGGAAAACAUGACCGACCUUGUCUACAAGUGGCAGUUAGUAGCGCCCUCGACCGAUGAGAAUCUGUUUAUGAGGCUUGCAGUCCAGCCAACAACUUCAAGCAGCCGGAUUGGUCGGAAGACGAUCAGGGCCUCUAUUACAGCUCUCUUCCUCGGCGGGGCUGAAAAAUUGGUCUCCUUACUGGGCAAGGAACUGCCUGAACUGGGCCUCAAGAAAGAGAAUUGCAUUGAGAUGAGCUGGAUCGAGUCAGCCGUGUGGUGGGGUAACUUCUACAAGCAGGCUUCCCCAAGUAUCCUCCUUGACCGUGUCCCCGGCUCGAUGAACUUCCUAAAGAGGAAAUCCGACUACUUGGAAAAGCCAAUCCCGAAGGCGAACCUUGAGAGGCUAUGGAAAAAGAUGAUUGCGCUGGGGAAGCCCGAGCUGGUCUUCAAUCCCUACGGUGGAAGAAUGAACGAGAUUGCAACCUCGGAAACUCCGUUCCCUCACCGUACCGGUAACCUCUUCAAGAUCCAGCACUCAAUCAGCUGGACCGAAGAGGGACCCGAAGCUGAGAAAAACUACCUGUCCCAAAUCAGGAGGCUUUACAGUUACAUGACCCCCUACGUUUCUAGCAACCCAAGAAGAUCUUUCCUCUGUUACCGAGACCUUGAUGUCGGGGUUACAUCAAAAGGCAAGAAUAGCUAUUCCGAGGGUAAGGUUUACGGGAUCAAGUAUUUCGGUGGAAACUUUGAUCGGCUGGUGAAGGUGAAGACAAUGGUUGAUCCCAUGAAUUUCUUCAGGAAUGAGCAAAGCAUCCCUGUGAAGCCAUGGGAAUCGUAGGAAAUUGGUUUCGAUUUCGGAUAGUGUCCAUCAUGUUCUUCCCACCUAAUCUCCAUACUCGCCAUAUAAUUAUACUUCAAAUAUUAUAAAAUGGUCCCCGAACUUCAGGGGUUCUUUUGUC